CCGCUGCGCCCCCCAAUCUUCUCCUUCCUCCGGUUUUCCUUGCCUGCCUUUCCUCUCAUCCCGGGGGAAAUUUUGCCCCGAAAAAAACUUCUUGCGCUUCAUUUCCAUUCAAGGGGGCAAAAUUUUCUCUCGCGUCUCCAGCUGAAGCGAACCGCCUCCCGUCAACAACCAUGUCGAUGGAAGCUGGUCGCACCAUCCCCAAGUUCGGGCAAUGGGACGUGAACAACCCGGCCUCCGCCGACGGGUUCACGGUUAUCUUCAGCAAGGCCAGGGAUGAGAAGAAGGCCCCCGUCACCAACGUGCACAAGAUCAACAGGUCUACCGACAGCAAGGACGGUAGGACCGAGAAGAUGAACUCCUACAACAACAACAACUCCAGGGCCAAUACAUCGAAGAAAUGGUUCUGCUGCGUGUCGCCGAGCCCAACGCAGCCUUGAGCCAGGAGGAGGAAGGGAUCCAACGGAGUGUCGUGCAAAUGCGAUGGGAUGGAGGAGAGGAGUGUCAGUGCCGCUGCUUCGUUUAUAAACAUACUACUAUCGUACACAAACACACACUUGGCCACUUCGGAGAUGAGAUGAAAUGUUGAUGUAAUUCUGUGAUGGUUGUACGUGGCCCUGUUAUUGGCACGGCACGACCGUUAUAUACACUUUCGCUUAAGAAACUUGCUCAUACAA